AAGAGAACGCUGGACCUUGAAAUUUCACAACCGAUACCGUUUGACUUCUAACAAUCUGAGAUCGUACACAAUACAAUUGAUCAGGCUUGCCUGCAAGUCCUGAACAAGGCAACUUCUCGCAUGUUACUUUUAUUAGUCAAACUUCUCUGAAAUAAGACCGAGCUCGCUUCCCUAUGAUUUAAUUUUAACCAUUCGUAACUUGAAGUAUUGUAAUAUUUGGCAUCUCUCGUGCUUUUCCAGGAUAAACAAUGAAUGAAAGACUGGACUUCAACUCAACAUAUGUAAAUGGACAGACGUGGCUGGAUCCAAACUCAACAUUUGUAAAUGAACAGACAUGGCCAUUUCCGAAUCGUUCCAAGGAAUACUUCCACACACAGUACAACACCACUUAUGUUGGGUUUUACCUACAUCAGCCUCCUGUGGCAGCCACUUUCAUUGUCUCCUAUCUACUUAUUUUCCUGGUGUGCAUGCUUGGAAAUGGAGUGGUUUGUUUUAUUGUGCUCAGAAGCAAGCACAUGCGAACAGUUACAAACCUUUUCAUCUUAAACCUCGCUGUCAGUGACCUGCUGGUUGGUAUUUUCUGUAUGCCUACAACUCUGCUGGAUAACAUCAUAACUGGGUGGCCAUUUGGAAGUCUGGUGUGCAAAAUGAGUGGGAUGGUUCAAGGAAUAUCAGUGUCUGCAUCUGUGUUUACUUUAGUGGCUAUUGCAGUUGACAGGUUUCGAUGCAUUGUUUACCCUUUCAAGCAAAAACUGGCAAUCUCAACUGCAAUACUGAUUAUUGUGGUUAUCUGGGUUCUGGCUAUUUCAAUCAUGACCCCAUCAGGAGUCAUGCUACAAGUAACUGAAGAGCAAAAUGUGAGAGUGUUGUUAGGUGAAGGCAAAAAAACCAACCCUUUCUCCUGGUGCAGAGAAAAUUGGCCAAAUCAAGAAAUGAGAAAAAUAUACACCACUGUCUUGUUUGCAAACAUUUAUCUUGCACCGCUUUCCCUUAUAGUGAUCAUGUAUGCUAGAAUUGGGAUUACUCUUUAUAAGACGUCUGUGCCUGUAUGUGGAAAACCAGGCAAUGAAAACCGUCAGAUAGUCUCAAAGAAGAAACAGAGGGUUAUAAAGAUGUUACUCAUAAUUGCCUUUCUGUUCAUUCUUUCCUGGUUACCCCUGUGGACUUUGAUGAUGCUUAGUGAUUAUGCAAACCUCAGUGAGCACCAACACAGAGUAAUCAACAUUUACAUCUACCCUUUUGCACACUGGCUUGCCUUCUUUAACAGCAGUGUUAAUCCCAUCAUCUAUGGCUACUUCAAUGAAAACUUCCGUAGAGGAUUUCAGGCAGCUUUCAAGUUCCAGCUGUGCUCAGCUGAUGUAGAGCGCAAAGAGACCUACUCUCGCAGGGUCCAAGGAAAUGCUGUGCUACCAGUAAGCAUCCAAAACCCUAAUGAUCCUAUAUCAAACCUGACGAACAGCAUGGAGAACCACAGUUCCAAAAGGAAUGCUGGUCUAAAUGAACAGGACUUGAUUAUGGAAGACCUUGAAAAUGUAUCAAAUAACAAUGGUAUCCAAAGAGAUUCUUUAUAAUACCAAGCACUUAUUUAAAAAAAAAAGAUCAAUAUUUUAAUUUUUGCACCAUAUUAUUAAAUUCCAAAAUUGAACGCAAAUUGAAAAAGUGGUAAAGGAAUAUCAAAGACCCAGAACAGACCAUAAAGAACAUGAGGUACAUGGGUAUAUAAUAGAAAUCUAUGUGAACCAAUUAGUGUGACAUAGGUGAACCAAAUAGCUCAUGUGCACCAUAACAUUCAACCUUUGAGGUCGCAAGCCAACUUCAGAGUCCAGGAACCAAAAGGCACACCAUUUUAUAUAAAGGUGCCGUACAGGUCCAGCAAAACCUGUAAAGAUGUGAAUGCCUGCGGCACUCAAAGCAUGUUUUGUUUCAUGCAGACCUCCCCGGCCCUCCUUCUUCGGCUUGUUGUUGGACUUUUGUGAACGCCUCUGCAAUUUAAUUGGUGACCAAACAGAAAUUAGGAACUGGAGCAGCUCUAAGAUGGGGAACUCCAGUGCAAAAGUGACAGAAAGCAAAUAUAUAGUAUUAAGGUACUGGCUUCAUCCAACCUGAGAUUUUCUUUCGUGUUAUUUUCUAAAAGUGUAAACAUUUAUGUAUAUCGGAGGACAACAAAGUUCAUUAUCACACCGUUGAGAACAAGGGUAGUAAAAUGAGAGGCCGCCCCCUUUCCAGUAGUCAUCAGAAAUAGUCUUAUAAGUCAACACAAUGACAAUUCAAGUAGUACCUUUUGUGGUAGGUUAGGGGAAUUAUGAUUGGUUUAAAACAAGACUCUUACAAUCAAAAUAAUUAAUCAAACUGUUAAAAUAUUGCAUGGUCUCUUCUGCAUUUCAGUGGAUAUACAUUAGGUUACCAAUCAAUGACAUUUAAUUCUUCUUCUGAUUGUAAUUUGAAGCCAGCUUGGGAUCAGUCUACAUAUUAAUUAAAUGAUAUGAUUGUGAUGAAUAUAAAAUAUAAUGGAAUAAAUUGCACUCAAAAUAUUAUGUGACCUGUUCCAAAACCUAAGUCAGAUUGUCUCUUGGGCCAUUUUUGCUGGGUAUUCUCAGAAUAGGUCACAAACAUGUACUUAUAAUGUAUAUAAAUUGUGAAAAAAAAAACCUAUGUGGUAAUAUGUAAAACAGAAUUGACAGUGUUUGAUUGCUUUUUGGAUUCUAUAUUUUUGAAUUUGAAAACCAGAGAACACAAUAGUAGGAAUGUAUAAGCAGCAUGUUGGAAGGAUGGACACAAUGCAUUUAAGUUGCUCUGCCAUGUGUAAUUUAAUGUUUGCUGCAUUAGGAACUGGUCCUUUUUAUCCCGUGGUGCACGAUUUCAUAUAUUGUCUGACUGACUUGGAGUGGAGGUAUUUUUUUCCAUCCAUCACACUUUAUUUUUUUUUUUUUAACAUUUUUAAGUACAUCAAUAGAGCCAGUUAUCCAAAAGCAUGUGUAUGGCCAAAUGUGUUUUUUGCAGUCGUAGUGACAGGGAUAUGUACUCAACUGACUUUCAAAUCUUGAUUCAGAACCAGCCUAAUUACUAUAGGAUUACAUUGGCCUGAAAAAGUUCCACUUACAGUAUAAGUUAAAAUACCUGUGAGAUGUAUUAGACCUUGCUGUUCUCAAGUGCCCCUGUUUCGCCUGAAAUAGUUUUCAGGACUUUUUUUCAGAAUUAUAAACAGUUUAACUGCCAAUCUCCCCAAAAACAUGGUGCCGCAUCGAGAGACUAUGGUGGUGUUGAGUGUCGUUUUUCUCAGCUGUGAAAGUGGCAGUAUUUGAGUUACAGGUUACCUCUAUUUAGAUAAGCAGGUUAAUCUUGAUUCCACAAGAAUUGCUCUGCAAGUCUCUCUGAUCUCUCUGAUACAGGAAAGCAAGACAAUACCAAAAUAUAGCAUGAAAACUAUGUGUAACACUAUGAUGGUUUAAUUAUGCUGCUGGCUCUUUAAUGUACAUGAAAAAAGAAUAUUCCCAUUAAUAUAAAUCUGCAUCAUUUGGAAAUGUUGUGAUGCUGUUUAAUUCUGCAUUUUGAGCAUUCUCUUCUUAACCUCUGGCAAGGUCGAGAUUAUUAAAUGACAUCUUGUCCAAAACAGUUGACCUUUGUUGUGCUGAUCUUACGACAGUCUCCUACAAAUGGUAUUUUUAACUUGUGCAAAGUUACAGAUUCCUAAAUUCAUAUUUGGGAAGGGCUAAAAAAAAGAAUGGUGCCUUACUGUCCUGGGUUUGAAAAAAUCAUUGUGGGUUAAUUAAAUAAUUAUUCCCCUCAAAAAAGAUUAGUCUGGGUAAGUCCCCUUAAUAACACAGUAUUACCAAAGUACAAACAUAACAAUUAAUGUAUUAAUAUUAUGAAUAAGUGUUGAAUGUAUCAUCAAUGAAUAGUUAAUUAAUUUGAAUUGAAUAAGAAAUCUGGUGUGAAUUCAUUUGUGACAUUCUAUUUAUGAAACUUAAAAUAAUGUGAUACCGCAGUAUCAUAUGACUGCAUUUAUCAACCAAGAAUAAAUCGAUUUUUUAAAAUGUAUAACCCAGGACAGUGUUUUGUGAAUUUGAAUUGUGUUCUAUGGCUUGUGAAUAUGUCUUGUAAUAUCGGAUUGAUGUUCUCAUUUUUUGGUAUUUUCUUUUCCUAAGUAAUACAGUAUGUUCUAUGGUUUCCAGUAAUACAUGAUAUGAACUUUAAUUUCUUGGUGCAUCAUGAUAAAUGCAAAUCAUAUUCAAUUGUACUUUAUGUGAAAAAAAAAAAAAAAAUAGUUUCAUUGAGUAGAUUUACAAACUGUUGUUUGAUGUUUCUUCGUGCAUGUUUCAAACAGUUUUGAACUACUAGAAAUAAUUUUCCACCUUAAUAGACUUCAGGGUUAUGGCAUUCAUCUUUUGUUUGAACUCAGAUUUAAAUAUUGAGAGGGUAAGAUAGUAUAGGAGUAACAGAAAAUAAGAAGAGUUACAAUUUGUUCUGAAAUCAAGCAGACUGUAGUCAUCGAAACUUGAAAUAAAAGGUUGAUCUACGCAGGGUACCUUGAUCAUAAGACACGUCAGCCCAUCAACAAGUCAGUGCAGAAAGUAAUGGCAUGAACAGUUUGUGGUGUAUUAAGACAUUCGUUUUUUGUCUCUUAAAGGAGUGUUAACCAAGGGUGUAAAAUAGGAUUUAUCUCUUUAUAGCAUUAGCAGUAUUGUAACUUGUCCCCCUUUCCUUGUAUUGCAGAUCUUUUGCUUCUUUGUUGGUGUUUGCACUUUAAUUUGGGACAUAUAACACUGGCUGUGUUUAAAAAAGACUUCUGGCACCCAGAAUUGAUCACUGUUUUGCAAGAAUUAUGAUGUCAUCAUAUCAUCAUCAUACUAUAGUUUUCUAGAUUUUAGAAAUGAACGUUCCAAUCAUAGAACAUCUGGAGUGGGUAGGUCAGUACCAGUGGAGUACAAUUAACAUUGUCCCAUGGGUCAAAAUGUGUCCAAUUCAAGGGACAAAUUAUUAUUAUUUGUUUAUUUAGCAGACGCUUUUAUCCAAGGCGACUUACAGAGACUAGGGUGUGUGAACUAUGCAUCCGCUGCAGAGUCACUUACAACUACGUCUCACCUGAAAGACGGAGCACAAGGAGGUGAAGUGACUUGCUCAGGGUCACACAAUGAGUCAGUGGCUGAAUGGGAUUUGAACCAGGGACUUUCUGGUUACAAGCCCUUUUCUUUAACCACUGGACCACACAGCCUCCUAAAGAAUCAUCAUCUUAUUGAGACAGAAAUACACGUCCUUAUAUCCUGUAAUCCCGUUGCAAAUCUUGUGUUAAGAAAUGCAUCUCACAAAACAUCAAAACAAACAACGCAAGGGCCAAUGAAACUCAGUAUGAAAUAAAAAUUCCAACCUGGGAUAGGGCACAAGGACACAAGAGCCGCAUCAGUGCUUCCCCACAAUUGUCAAAAGUACAUUCUCAGGAAUUUCACAACAUACGUCUUUGAAUAAUGUCAGAACAGGUUAAUCUGUUUAUGCUGUACAUUUUCAUGCAUAUAAAUUAAAACUGUAAUAUACAGGUUGAUAUAUACACCUCCAGACUGUGGCUGAUAAAGUACUGCAAUAUCAGCAACAAGCUGGGCUCUAUGUUUAGAUCAGUCAAUAAACCCUAACCCUUACAGGCCUUCAGAUUAUAGCAUCGAAUACGUCUAUUAUACUAAUUAUAGUCAUUAUAACCUUUCUUUGAAAAUGCAUUGGUUUCGGUGUAGCGAUUCUGAUAGUCAUAAUGGUGAGUAACCAAAAAACAAAGUACAUAUUAACUGAUGUAGUAAAACGUCAUUUAAUUAGCGGUAGCAUGUUGGCACAACUUUCGCUCCUUCUCCACCCUCGCCCCGCAGUGGUGGAAUGACCUUCCUACAGAUAUCAGGACUGCCCAGUCCCUUACCUGGCCUUCUCAAGACUCACCUCUUCAGACAGCACCUAUAGAACUCCUCUUUUCCCUCUGGACACUUUAUCACUCUUCCUUAAUGCACUUUACUUGCUCUUAUCUACUCCCUAUUUUACUGCAUUUAAUCCUGUACUUUAGAGUACUGUAAUCUGUCACAAGUGUUAUUUAAUAUGUAGUAUUUUGUAUUUAAUUAUAUCACUGACACUUUAAUUAUAUCACUGACACUGUUAUCUGCUCCGUUAUUGAAUCGUAUUUUGUCAUAUACUGGAUAAGGGUGUCUGCUAAGAAAUAAAUAAUAAUAACUUUAGCACAGGACUUUUGAGCUGCAGUAUGAGGGAAUCUUUUUCAGGAAUAAUGGCACGACAAUCAUAGCAUGCUACCUCUAUUUUCAUUUUAAAUGUAGCCACUGUAGAUCAAACAAAAACAUAUUUUUCUUCCUGAUAUGUAAGCACUUCCUUUGUGGUCGGAUACAUGGCCUGAUUGCAGCUUGACCAUUGGCGUGAAACUGAGCUGCAGCACAGGCUGUGAUUUCAUUUACUUACAAAGCUUUGUCUUUCAAAUAUCUGCAUAUUACAUACUGGAGUAUUGCAACACAAGCAUCUACAAGACAUCUUUGAAACCUUGGUUAACACUCCUUUUAGACAGGACCGACACGGUAUUAUAAUGACAGUGAAACAGGGCAGCGGCUCGAAAGAAUUUAGUCAGAAAGAGUUUGAAAAUGUUUUAGAUUGAAGGAAGCAUCCAAAGCAGCGCUCCAUCAUUAAAACAUCAAUACAGAAAUGUCACAACCUUUCCAUUUAGCAGUUAUGUUUGGCAGUUAUAUAUGUAUAUAUAUAUAUGUGUGUGUGUGUAUAUGAGAUGUUAUUAAUGUGUUGUAAUGAAGCACUUGUGUUUAUAUUUAAUUGAAGCUUCAUUAAAAGUAGCUGAAAGAACACAUUUCCAUUAGCAGUUAAUUACGAAUAAAGAAUGCUGCGAGUUACAAAUGUGACAUUUGAAUUACAUUUUUUUAAAUAAUUUUUCAUUUGGUUAUAAUUAGCGGUCUACUUAAAUCGCGGUAAAAUGUAUGUAUUUUUUGCAAGUAGGUUACAGAAUAUAAUUAGGAUUUCGCAGACCUGUUUAAACAUUAAAUAAACCUAAGUAGACAAUAUUUCAGAGCACUAGCCUAAAAAUAGUGGUACUUGCUUCCUUACUAAAACAGAGUGCUGUCAUUUGUUAAAGGCAAGCAUGCAGCAUCCCCCAGCAGUUGCUGCUGACAUUCUCUGUCUGGUGUGGACUUGCCCAUACAUUGAGACUGCACGUUCUGCAUCCACUGAAUUGGUUGGAAGUGUAAGGCAAAACUUUGUCAAGUUAUACAAAUCGAUUAGAAACAGUCUCAAAACACGGUUACCCAAGAGCAUCUGGCAUACUUUAAUAAAGUACUUUGCUUUUUUUGCUUUGUCGUCCAUUUCGGUUAUUUUGCCUCCAAUGCUGAAAACUAGAUUUUAGCAACCUAAAUCAAAACAAUGCAGCAGUGACUUUGUACAGGUCACAGUCAGCAGUGACUUUGUAUAGUACCGGUCACAUGUCAGUACAGACAUACUGAUGGGCUCAUUAAAACACCAUUGUCAUUUGAGCAGUAAAUAAGAACAUGAACUGCUUUGGAGUAUUUUGUUUGGAAAUGUUAUUUGUCUAAGUGCAAUGCACACAGGACGGCGAAGGAAUAAAAAAAAGCCUAUCUACAGAAGGAAGAUACAUCGUUUUUUUUUUUUCCCCUCGUCUCCGUACUUGUCUGGUAUGCAUUGCCUCCUAAAAAAGGUGAAUUUCGCGGUGACCCCUCAAUUUCCCGAUUUCCGCGAAAUCGCGAUUUAGGUAGACCCUUAGUUAAAAUUAUGAUGGUAAUUAGGAUUUCUAAGAAAAAAUUAGACGAUUGGAUAAUGUGAUAUAUGCAUUGCCUGUAAGUGGGUCUUAAAUCUUUUGAUUGAUUUCUAGAUUUUUAAUGAAUAUUUUCAAUGUAAUGAAAAUAAAUAUGCAUAACCAAGACUUUGACCCAGUAAAAAAAAAAAGACAGUGUUGGCUGAUUUUGGAAAUAACCUCUUCAAUAAUUUCUUACUGGCGUCAUUGUAUUUGGAAUGAAUCAGCAUUUAGUUAGUGUUACCAGACAUCCCAGUUUGACCGGUACAGUCACCAUAUCUUUUCAGCUGUGUCCCGUUGUCCCACCAUUUUUCCCCAAAACCUUCAAAAAGUCCCGGUUUGCAACCUAGCGAGACAGCAAAAAAAAAAAAUUAUAAUACAUAAAUAAAUGGUAUACUCACUGUUGUAAUGUUUAUUGUGUAUAUACAGUACAUAAUAAUGGAUGUAGAGUAAACAGCAGGGGCACAUACAGGGUUGGAAGUACUCAUGAAAACAAUCACAGGUUUAGAGGAUUUCUUCUUGUAGCCAGAACUGGAAGUGUUUAACUCUUUGCAUGACCUUUGAGGUUAGAGAACCUUACUGAAAACAUGCAGUAUAGAAAGGGUGACGUGGCAAGGGAAUUCAGGCAUUGCAGCACAAGCCACGGGCUUCUCUCCAAAAUGCUGAACCCUUUUUGCACCCUGACGCUUUCACAUCUCACUUACCUCGGGCAUGUGUGAACACACUUGUUGUUCAUUGUGCUGAAUGCAACGCUGAGGUCAUUCUCAAGAUGUUGGGGUCUGAACAAUUUGUUCACCUUAUCGUUUUGCCUCAUUUCUCCUCGCCCCAGUCUCGCUCAAGUCUUGUAUAUGUAAAUCUGCCUUCAAAGCGAUACAAGCACUAUAUUCAAACACUAUUUUUAAACUAUGUGCCCCGGUUCUAAACUUUGGAAAGCUGGUCACUCUACAUUUAGUUAUUUAAUGUGCACUCACAAGAAUACAUUUAAUUACAUAAUACUGAGGUUUUUUUUUUAAAACAUAUGCUAACUAACUAGAAACACAUACUGUACAGUUUUGCUUUUGUAAUGAUAAGCUAUAUAUAUUGAGUAUGAAUAAGUAACCUGUUUAAACAGCUGUGUUGAAAUAUGUAUAUGUGUUUUUGCAAUCAUUAAAA